GUUAGGAUAUACAACAGAUGGAAAGACAGCUGUAAAAAGUUAAAUAAAUGAAAAAUUUAAUAUCAAGUUUUUUGAUAAAUAUUUAUCAACAGCACAGUCUGGCCAAACUGUGUUAUGGAACUGUAAACCCGUCCGAAAUUUAAAAUGGAAUUAAAAACCACGAGAAAGGCUGUUGUGAGUGUUAAUACAUUUAUAUGCAUUGUGGGAACAUUUGUUAACAUUUUAUUUUUAGUUAUUUUGUUGCGGAAUAGAAACAUUUGUCGACAAAAACCAAUAAUAUGCUUCCUGAGUUUAGUUAUUUGCGGAAUUCUAUGCAGCGUUGGACAAUGUAUACUUUCUGUGCAUCAAGUUUGCUUGUUGUUUUUUCACCCAUAUUUGGUUGAAGAUAAAUACUGGAAACGAAUCAUCUAUAUUGUGCCAUUUUUAUACACUUUGUUCUGUAUACAGAUUUUAAAUCUAUUAUUUGUUUCCAUUGAUCGACUCAUUGCUAUAAAAUGGCCAUUCAUUUACCAUGCUCGUGUACAAGCUACCCAUUACACAUACGUAGUAAUUAUUCUUUUAAUCAUGGCAAUAACCAUAGGGGUAUUGACCUAUAUUUUUCUACAAUUGGGAUAUUUGGAAGAAUAUAUUCAGGCUGCAACAUUGUGCCUUAUCUUAUCAGGACUCUUGGUAUUGUUUAUAUCCAAUGUUGUACUGUUCAUAGAGACAAAAAAACAAAUACGUGCCAUGAAGCAAACAUCCCUUGAGACGACUAAUCCAAGAAAACAAGAAAUCAAAAGUGCAACGAUCUGUUUUGGGCUGGUAGCAUGCUUUUUUAUUCUAUGGAUGCCUAAGGUUGUUGAUAUUAUAUUAAGAAUAACAACAGAAAAAUAUGGGAAGCAACAAAUUAUUUUAGAAUUAGCAUCAACGUUUUUUUUUAAUUUGCAGCCUGUGGCAACAACUACAGUAUACGUAUUAGCUAAUAAAGUCAUUAAAGCAGAAUGUGUUAAGUUUUUUCAGCAUCGUCUGUUUAAAAACAGAAUCUUUACCGAAAAAGAAACACAUUUAAAAAAAAGAACUCGUCCUGAAAGUUGAAAACAAUCUUUUUUAAAAAGAAAUUUUACCAAAAAUUGAAGACAUUAAAAAAAUAUCCAUACUAAAAGAAAGUUGGACAAUUAAGUAUAUACUUACACUUAUUUUGUAAACAGUCAGUUUACAUCCAACUAUAACAACAUAAGAAUCUCCAGUAGGUGACCAGCGAACAAGUUCACCAACUUCAAAAAAUAAAAGUAUAACAUUAACAAGUAUGUAUUGUCAUAUGAUUUUUAAAUGCAAGUUUGUCACACAAUAAACAGGCAUACCUUCCUUCAGGCUAGUUGUGUAUGCUGGUCUUCCUGUUAAAAGAUUCCAUGUUCUGAAUAACAAGAUGAUGUUCACAUAUUAUAACAAACAAGCUUUCAUUAUUACAAUGAUGUAACAACGGAUAAAUAAUUUGUUGUACAGAUAAUACAAACAGAAAAAUGUAGAAACAGUAAUAAUGCACACAAUGUAUAAUAGAACGUACUUGAUUGUUUUAUCCUUUGAAACUGACAGCGCAAGCCUACCAGAUGGAUGAAGUGAAAUUGAGUGAAUUGCGCCUCUAAAUAUUACAUGCAUAAUAUUUGACAGUAUUAUUGUUUGUAUUUAGCUUUCAGUAAAUGAUUUGAUAUAUAAUAAAAAAAAUUAAAUUUAAACUAAAAGGCAUAGCAGGCUUUUUUUAGAAGUAUUUAGGUUGAUGUGCCACAAAACGUUCACGUCAGCUGGACCAUGAGGGUGUGCGAACCUAUCUUGCUUGUGUAAAAUAAUUCAGGCAUAUGCUACACAUGCACAUCAUUGAUCACUUCAUAAGUCCCCCACCACAUUAAUGGAUACCAUCUUAGAUGUGGAAAACGAAAUUGAUAAUCUGAUUCGCUUAUGGAAUGCACGCCAAAUCGACUUCUUACCCAGCCUCCUAUGAAGUUUUAUUGUUUGCAUUUUUUACCUUUGGGUAGUUAAACUAGAACUAUAUUAUAAAAUGAUUUGCAUGUGUUACUGUAUUGUGGAAUUACAUCUGCUGCAAUGUAAGUUUAUAAAAAAUGAGAAGUCUUAAAUAUAGUUGAAACCAUUUC